AACCGGACGGGAAGCGAGCUGCCGAGGAGCUGCAGGCCGCCGGUGCGUGCCCAGAAGGCGGGGAGCUCGGCCCAGCCCGCGCCCCAGCUCCGCGCUGCAGGUGGAGCCCUCCUUCCCCGCCGAGCGCGCUGGCGAGGGCCAUCCGCUGCCCGCAGCUCGCCCGCCGUCCCUGGGCUGCGCGGCGGCGCCUCGCCCAUGGCUGAGGGCCGGCGGCGGGAGGACGAGGAGGAAGAGCUGCGAGAGCGCCGCGAGCUUGGGGGCCCGCGCCGCGCCCGGAGCCGCGCGCUCCCGGGCCACUCGGCUGCAGAUCGCAACGAGCGACAUAAGCCAGAGCAUCGUUCUUCCAGCCAAGGACCCCUGUCAUCCAUUAGAGCGGUAAUCAAGAGAUGGACAGUAAUGGAGGAGAUGUGUGGGCAUUCCGUGCCCCACCAGCUGGCGUCUUCCCUCUCCUUCCUGGAAUGUGAGGACUUGCACUUUGUCCCUGACUCCCUAGGUUCCCCGGGACGGAGUCUGCUUAGACUGUGCAAGCACUCAUGACUAGUGUACAGCACAAUGCCCCGCGGAAGAGCUUCUCGGACCUGUAUUCAGAGUGAACUUCAUCGGGACAGGAGGCGUCCAGAGAUCACCAUCGUGGCAGCAGAGCCACUGAGGCCGGCCUCGUGGUUUCCAGGAGCUCCACCUCCAGGACUGGGAUUUCCCUCCACGCCUGGAGCAGGCCCUUGGAGACCCAAUGACUUGGUUCCCGCUGAGCUCCCGCCAUCCUAUGAACAAGUGAUAAAAGAAAUCAACCAAGUCCAGGUCAAUGCCACAAAUAACAAUAACGCUGCUGCCACUCCAAGGAGCACUAUCACCUCUGCGACGCAGACGGACUUUCCGGAGGACAUAGACAGCGAUCCUCCCCCAACACUACAGGCGCCUCUCAAGCCUCUCCAGCCGUCACCCGCAGCCUCAGCUGGUAACCUCCCCCCAGGUGUGGCACCUUUAAUCGUCUUCGAUAUCUGUGAAGAGCAAACUUGUCCUGAAAACCCCAGUGCUACAAGAUGUCCAGUGCCAAGGCCAAGAUCAAAAAGCAACCUCAGACCAGUAGCUAGGGAUGCUAACAGUAAAGAGAAAAACAGCCAGAAAAGCCCAGUGACCCCCAGAGAAGACUGGCCACCCCACUGUCUACUGGACAGCACCUGCAAUUUAGAUAGCCAGGCAAUGAUGAACAUUAUGAACACAGAACAAAGCCAAAAUACUAUUGUUUCCAGGAUCAAAGCAUUUGAGGGUCAGACGAACACAGAAAUCCCAGGACUGCCCAAGAAACCCGAGAUUAUUCCCCGCACGAUUCCCCCGAAGCCUGCUGUUUCCUCAGGGAAACCCUUAGUGGCACCCAAGCCAGCUGCUAACAGAGCUUCUGGGGAAUGGGACACAUGGGCCGAAAACAGGCUCAAGGUGACUUCCAGAGAAGGGCUCACGCCAUACUCAUCGCCACAAGAAGCCGGAAUCACCCCAGUAACCAAACCUGAAUUGCCAAAGAAACCAACUCCUGGCCUUACACGAAGCGUGAACCAUGAGACUUCUGGAGGAAGACCCAUGGCGGAGAGCCCCGAUACGGGGAAGAAAAUCCCAACUCCUGCUCCCCGGCCUUUGCUGCCGAAAAAAUCAGCCUCCACAGAUGCCCCACCGUACCCUUCGAUUCCACCGAAACUGGUUUCUGCCCCGCCCCGACUCUCAGUAGCAUCACAAGCCAAAGCGUUCCGGUCACUUGGAGAAGGGCUGCCAUCCAAUCCCCCAGUUCCAGCACCACAGAGCAAAGCCCUGGGGGACAUCGACCUCAUCAGCUUUGACGAUGACGUAUUGCCCACCUCGGGGAGCCCAGCUGAAGAACCCACAGGUUCUGAGACGGUUCUAGAUCCCUUUCAGCUCCCCACAAAAACAGAAGCAACAAAAGAAAGAGCCGUUCAGCCGGCGCCCACCAGGAAGCCUACUGUAAUACGAAUCCCAGCCAAACCAGGAAAAUGUUUACAUGAGGAACCACAAAGCCCACCUCCUCUUCCUGCCGAAAAGCCAGUUGGGAAUACUCACAGUGCAGUGUCUGGAAGGCCCAGUCACUCUGACAGAACUAGAAACCCAGAACUGGAGCAAGCCAGCGAAUCGGGAGGCUUGGUACAAGGACCCCCCAGGUUGCCACCAAGACCUGUACAUGGAAAAGUCAUUCCAGUUUGGAGGCCUCCCCCAAAAGGGGCCCCUGAGAGACCACCACCCCCUAAACUUCCUGCAUCCAAAUCAUCAAAUAAAAAUCUGCCUUUUAACCGCUCCUCCUCUGACAUGGAUCUUCAGAAGAAGCAAAGCCACUUUGUAUCUGGACUCUCAAAAGCCAAGAGUCAAAUCUUUAAAAACCAAGAUCCGGUGCUACCCCCUCGUCCCAAACCGGGACACCCUCUCUACAGGAAAUACAUGCUGUCUGUGCCUCAUGGAAUUGCCAAUGAAGACAUUGUCUCCCGAAACCCCACGGAACUCUCUUGUAAGCGUGGGGAUGUCCUUGUGAUCCUGAAGCAGGCAGAAAAUAAUUACUUGGAAUGCCAACGGGGAGAAGGCACCGGCAGAGUCCACCCAUCCCAGAUGAAGAUUGUCACUCCCCUGGACGAGCGCCCGAGAGGCAGACCUAACGAUUCAGGCCACAGUCAGAAGCCUGUAGACAGUGGUGCUCCUCACGCUGUGGCUCUUCAUGAUUUCCCAGCAGAGCAAGCUGACGAUCUGAGUCUCACAUCUGGAGAGAUUGUUUAUCUUCUCGAAAAAAUAGAUGCAGAGUGGUACAGAGGGAAAUGUAGGAACCAGACUGGCGUGUUUCCUGCCAAUUACGUCAAAGUCAUUGUUGAUAUUCCAGAAGGAAGAAGUGGAAAAAGAGAAUCCUUUUCAUCUCACUGUGCUAAAGGCCCACGUUGUGUCGCACGGUUUGAGUAUAUUGGAGACCAGAAGGAUGAGUUAAGUUUCUCAGAGGGAGAAGUCAUUAUUCUCACAGAGUACGUGAAUGAAGAAUGGGGCAGAGGAGAGAUUCGAGACCGGAGCGGGAUCUUCCCCCUGAAUUUUGUGGAGCUUGUUGGGGAUCACCCCACAUCUGGUGCAAAUAUUUUAAGUACAAAGGUGCCACCAAAGACCAAAAACGAAGACCCUGGCUCAAAUUCUCAGGACAGCAGCCCUCCUGGAGAAUGGUGCAAAGCUCUUCACAGUUUCACAGCAGAGACCAGCGAGGACUUACCCUUCAAACGCGGAGAUCGGAUCCUGAUCCUUGAACGUCUAGAUUCCGACUGGUACCGGGGCCGACUGCAUGACAGGGAGGGCAUCUUCCCAGCAGUGUUUGUGCAACCCUGCCCAGCUGAGGCAAAAGGUGUGGCUUCCGCAAUACCGAAGGGGAGGAAGGUUAAAGCCCUGUAUGAUUUUCUUGGGGAGAACGAAGAUGAGCUCUCUUUCAAGGCUGGAGACGUAAUAACGGAGCUGGAGCCCAUAGAUGAUGCCUGGAUGCGUGGAGAACUAAUGGGAAGAGCUGGAAUGUUUCCCAAAAACUACGUUCAGUUUCUACAAGUCAGCUGAAGGUGACGCUUGCCUGUUGCCUGGCACAAGAACUCACUUGAACACUCACUUUGACUAUCAGAUAUUUGCACUAUUUUUUUUGUUUUAACAGAAAGAGAGUAUCUAAGAUGUACGUGGUACACUAGAAUUUCUGAGGGCAGAGAACUUGUAGGUUUUAUCGCUUAGCUUCAUUCACAGUGGAAAGGUGUACGUAGAACCCGAGAGUGAGGGAGCCGGCAGGGAAGCGCUAGCAGGGAUGGCAGGCGAUGCAGCUCCCCUGGGAAAGACAGCAUCGGGGUGCAGGCAGCAAGGGUUGGCUAACAAGCAGGAACUGGACUCAGACACCUGUUCCCAUCGACACACCGAAUUAACCAUGCUCCUUCAUUUUCUACUUUAGUUUAAAAAAGAGGACGUUUGACAUUCUACAUGCUGUAACUAUCAGGACAUGGAUGGUAAUCUGAAUUUCGUUUUUGCUAUUCAAUUAACUCUAACAGCUUGAGCGCAUUAGUCUUAGCCCCAGGGCAAAUUCUUGCUGCAGGACAGAUAGUUUGGUAACUAGUGGAACAUUUACAAGCCGGUGGGGAAACAAGCCUGUGUUCCCCCAGGUGCUCCUUGUGUGUCCCAGCGUUCCCCAUUUGUCCAGGGAACUGAAGGGGUCAAAAGAACCAAAACCAUCCCUGAGAUGCCUUGCUAAUACAACUAACCCCUCCACAGACAUGCCACAACUUACCUCUUCCUCGGUGUAUGUAUACUUCAUGUUAACAGGGUUCUUAUAAAGCACAUUUUCUGAAUCUGCAAUCAUUCCUUUGACAAUUACUGGUACCCAAAGGAAAACUCAUUUUCUUUGCAUUACCCCAGUAAUACAUAAAAGCUGUCUCUUGUUAUAGUGGUACAUUAUGAAGCUUGGAUAGUAUCUUAGAUUACAGAGCAAAUGGUAAGAUGAAGAACAGUACCAAGCCCCCAUAGCUCAUUUCUCCUCAAUAUAAUCAGAUGUUAACAUAACUUAAGAGGACUGAAGGCUGGUGCAGUGCCCCCCGUCCCAUGCAACACAUCUCUGCAGUUAGUGGAGUAAAUACAAGGCCACUUUCCUGUCAUCCAGGCUCACAUGUUCUGAGUUUCAAAAGUGGCUCUUGUGUGACUGAAUCAAUUACAGUUUACAAACUAAAGCCAAAUACUUUGAAGACAAUCUAAUGGGCCAGUGGGUUAACAUUUCACUGGAGAUGGAAAGCGCUCUCCAGCAGGGUCCGUGGCUUUCUUCUGUUUUCAAGAAGAGUUCCAUAUGCUGGACCACUUCUUUGUAGUCUUCCCCGUUAUCCAAAACCUGGGCGGCCAGCGGUUUCCUGAACGUGUUGCUUCUAUAAGGGAAUAUUUACUUUGUUUUCUACUAAAGUUCCUAUCCUUGGCAUAUGAUUGCACUUGAUUUUGGCAUUUAGGGUCUGGGGUUUCUAUUGUAUGUUUUCGGUUAAGAGUAUUUAAGGAACAUCGUUGUAGGUUCUCACCCAUGUUAGUUUUACGAGAAUGGGAUGACUUGAGUGUUAUUCAGACUAAAUUCUCAUUGGCAGCAAGCCAUACAAGAGCAAGAAGGGGGCAGGGGUGUGGAGAGGGGUAUGAAGUGUGUCUUUGCCUGUGAGAUUUCAACAUUUAAUAGUGAAGAUUCUGAGCAACCUAUCUUUAUUGAAGAAAAAAAAAUCCCUCUUAAACAUUGGCUCUCUGUAAGCAGGAUAAGUGCGAUAGUUGUGUAUCUACUUGACACCAUAAUAAACUGAACUCAGCUUUUCGAUUCCUCAUCUCAGACUACACUGCAUUGUUCAGAAUAUAUGUAGAUGGUACCUGUCUUAACCCUGUAUCUCCAGUCCUUUGCACGGGUGGGUGGAGUGGUUAUUUGCUAGGUGGGUUUGGUAGACAGACGGAUGGCUUUCACGGGCCAUUGAGUUUACUCAAUACCGUUGCUAUUUGUUGAUGCAGAUAUAUAUUGAAACAAAUUUCCUUUUCUUUCUUUUUUUUUUUUUUCCAUCUCACUCUUCCAUGCUGUUUUCUUGCUAUGUAUUUCUCUCCCAACUACUAGAAAGGAAAGUGUAGCUGUGUGGUUCUCAUGGUACUUUCUUAUUAUAUAUAUUGAUUGAGGUCAUGGCAGAACUCAACAGUGUUCAAAGAAAAAUAAUUGUGAAGAAAAUUUUAUGAGAUAAAUGGAAAUGGGUUAUUGUGUUUGUUUCCAAAACUUUUAGGUAAAAGCUUGAUAUUGUUCAUCUUUGUCAGUCAGCUUUUCAUCGCUGUGACAAAAUUCUUAAUUAUAAACAACUUAAAGGAGAAAAUUUGGGCCUGUUUUCAAUCCAUGGUCACCUGCCUCCAUCACCUUGGGCCUGGUGCAAUCACAUUGGGGAGUUUUUCACCAUAUAGAAUCUGUGAAAGAGAAAAGAGGCAGAAAAGGAAGAAAAAGUAGAGAACAGGAAGAGAGAGAAAAGAGAGCCAGGCACAAGGCGUACUCCUCAGAGAAACACCUCAAAUAGCCUUCCUCUGGCCCCUAAUAUCCCACUCAGCCACCAGGUCAUCCACCGUGGCUUCCACCCAUCCAGGAUUAGUUCAUCUGACCAUGACCUGAUCCCAUCUCAGUAAUGCCUGUAGAUAGAGGGCAAAACCCUGCAUACAUGAGUUUUCUGGGGCCACCUUCAUACCCAAACCAUACACCAUACAAACCUCCUGAAAUACUCAGGUUUGGGGUUUGCUUUUUGUUUUUAGGUUAAAACUGGAGAAGCCAUUUUUAAUAUAUUAUCCUUUGAGCCUUCAAAGAUAAGGUUUCCUCAGGUGCCUGCAAUACAUUGCUGUAGGAAGAAUGUAAUUCUUUCACUGCUCUUGGAAUCAGCCUGUGUCAUUUAGAAGAGAGAAUAUUAAGUGUAUUUACCAAAAUAUAUCAUCAGAACUGGCAUUUUAAAAAGAUAAUUAUAGGACUGUAAGUCAGUAUCCCUAAAAACCACCAUUGUUUGUAUUCAGUUUCUUAAAUUUAGGUACACGACCCUGAGAAUACAGCAAUGAAUAUAUGGAUCAAGUUAGACUAUUUUAGCUUUGGUAUGAACAUUGUUUCCUUUUAAUUAAUGUCAGAUGCACAUAGGCCAUAAAAUUCAUGAUUCGAUGCCAAUUUGAAUGUCACUGAAUGAAUUCAGAAGCUGAUUUCUCUUUUCCAGAACUAAUGGGAAAUCAUUGCUACCUUACUUUUUACUUCACUGUGUGGAACAGAAUCCAUAGCCUCACUCGGAACUCUGCCGCCAUCUAGGGGCCUCUCCUUUCAUUACAAGCUUUUCUUUUUCUAAAGUGUGGGGCUACAAAGCUCAACAAGGAGCCAAGACUUGUAAGGUCACUGCAGAGCCCUAAAAACAGCCUAGCUCUGCAGACGACCAGUCAUUUAUUAUGCUGAAAUGAUGUUUCUCGUUAGCUGCUAAAAUUGCUCGUGUGGCUGGAGAGACAGACUUUAAGAGCGCAUCCUGUUCUUCCAGGGGACCCAGGGUUCAGUUUCUGACACCCAUGGCAGACAGCUCACAAUUGCCAGCAGCUCUGGCUACAGAGGACUGAAGUCCUCUCCCAGACUGCAUGGGCACCUGCAUACAGGUGCACACUAACACAAAGAUAUGAGUAAAAUAAAAUAAAUCUUUAAAUGUUUUGGUAUUUUCUUAGCCUAUAGAAGUUGAAGGCUCACACAACUCAUUAGAAAGAAUCCCACAGGUAUUCCUGUAAUCCCAGCACUAAGGAGUCUGAUUCCAUCUUCUUGCAAAACAAGAAGGGAAGGAGGAAGGGUGGGCAGUGAUUGCAAAGAACAAAUUAAAGCUCUGAAUGUUUUAAAAAAA